CUCCGCCCACCUGCGCCCCAAAACGGAAGUUGAGCUGUUGUUGUCACACUGGAAGAAGAUGGCGGCCGCUCCUACUUUUUUUCAAUGAAGACUCCGAUGUUUCCCUCGGCUUUCGUUAUCCUGCGUUGGAGGCGCUAUUGGCCGCUAUGCAACCCGCAAGGGCGUGAAUCCUCGCUUUAGGAGGGCGACGGUGAGGGGCAGCCGGGGGUGGGAGGGGGCGGGGGGCAGCAACGUCUACUGUCACCCUGUCGCUGGCGGCUCACCACAAUGCAACAAGUAUUGGAAUAUGCAUUAGAUCGAGCUGAGUACAUUGUGGAAAGUGCUCGCCAGCGCCCCACCAGGAGGCGUCUUUCCUCUGGCGGCAGGAAGAGUUUGUAUCAGAAGCUCUACGAGCUCUACAUAGAAGAAUGUGAGAAGGAGCCGGAGCUGAAGAAUUUCAGGAGGAACGUGAAGCUGCUGGACAAGUUGCUGUCUCAGGAGUCGGCGCCGUGUCUGGUGGUCAACUUGUACGCCGGCAACGACGGCUACUCGCUCAUGCUCAGGGGCAAGAAUGGAUCAGAUUCCGAAACGAUCCGACUGCCGUAUGAAGAAGGAGAGCUGCUGGAGUACCUGGAUGCCGAGGAGCUGCCGCCUGUUCUUGUUGACCUGCUGGAGAAGUCACAGGUGAACAUCUUCCACUGCGGCUGCGUCCUGGUGGAGGUACGAGAUUACCGGCAGUGCGCGAACACCAAGAUUCCCUCCUACCAGAGCAGGCACGUUCUGCUCAGGCCCACCAUGCAGACUCUUGUUUGCGACGUUCACGCCAUGACCAGUGACCACCACAAGUGGACACAGGACGACAAGUUGCAGCUGGAGAGCCAGCUGAUCUUGGCCACGGCCGAGCCUCUGUGCCUGGACCCCUCCAUCUCCGUCACCUGCGCCGCCAACCGGCUGCUCUACAACAAGCAAAAAAUGAACACCCGCGCCAUGAAACGGUGUUUCAAGAGGCACUCACGGGCGGCGCUGAACCGGCAGCAGGAGCUGUCGCAGCUGCCCACGCCGCGCCAGCUGCACCUCUACGACUACCUGCAGAAGAGGAAAGAGAGGAAAGCCGCGCCCGUCAUCGACCUGAAGAUCUCCAAGAUCGGAAACUGCGUGGACAUGUGGAGACAGAACAGCUGCCAGCUGAGUGUUCCCAAAGAAAUUGACGUGGAAAAGUACGCCGUGGUGGAGAAAUCGCUGCAGUUGGAAGAUUCUCAGCCCAAUACGGUGAUCUGGCCCGCUGAGGAGGUCGUGGACGACUACACCUUCGAGUGCGAGGCGGGCGGUCAAGCCCAGAGGACCAAGGUGUCCAUUAUCCAGUCGCUGGGUGACCCGCUGGUGUACGGCAAGAUCUACUGCACCAAAGACGGCAAGGCCGACGAGGACGGCGCGGACCUGAAGCUCACGCAUCCGCCUUUCCUCAUCGGAUCUAAAAUGGAUGCUGAGCGGUUCCUCACGCAGUACAAGUGCGUGUACGAGCGAGAUGUCAAGUGUCAGGUCAAGAUGUCCCACAACUCAGGCAGCCUGGCGCCGGCGCCCCCUUCUCCCGACAAGGACGAGGGUGACGGCUUUUCUCCGCUGGUCCAAACGUCCGUGUUGGGCAAAGGAGUCAAGCACCGGCCGCAGCCCAUCAAACUGCCGCCGGGAUCAGGUAGCGGCUCCUCAGGUAAUCCAUACAGCUCCCAAAGCGCAAGCGGUCUUCUCAAGUGUCCUACGCCGCCGCCCCCGGCCAAAGGCCAGCCUCUGAACAGGAAGCAUUCGGUGGAGCUGGGGCAGGUGGGCCUGCUGUCCCCCGCCUCGCUUUCGCCCAUGAGCUCCACGCAAAGAUCGGGCACCCCCACCAACACGCCGUGCUCGACGCCGCACGCCGCCGACUCGCUGGGGACGGCCACGCCGACGGAGGCCCCGACCCAGCCCGCCCUGCUGGCGCCGUUCGCCCAGCAGCAGCUGGCCCUCAGCCAACCGCUGCCCGUCAUGACCAUCCCGCUGCCCACCGUGGGCACCACCGGCACCACCUCCUCGCCCGUCAUGGCCAACCCGGCCGGCCUCAACUUCAUCAACGUGGUCAGCUCCGUCUGCAAUCCGCAGACGCUGAUGAGCGGCUCCAACCCCAUGCUCGGUCCCGGACUGAACUUGAGCGGGAUCCUGCCGUCUGGAAGCCUCGUGCCCUCCAUGCAGCCCGCCGCGCAGACCGGGAGUCACUUUGGCCUGAACAGCAGCACGGGGCUGCGACCGCUCAACUUGCUGCAGAUCCCGACCGGACCGCUCAUCUUCAACCCCAUGCAGCAGCAGCAGCUGUCGCAGUUCUCCCCGCAAAGCCAGUCGGCCACUUCCAGCCCUCAGCAGCAGGGGGACACGGGCGACCAGGGCGCCGACCCGAGUUUAGGCAACCAGCAAACGGCCGUCAUCAACUUAGGCGUGGGCGGCUUCAUGUCUCCGCAGGCGGCAGUGCUGUCCCAGUUGGGCUGUGGGCUGGACGGGUCUGGGCCCCCGCUGCCUUCUCCAAGGCUUCAACAGCAGCACCAGCCUCAGAUCCAAUUGCAAUUCUUGCAGCACCAAAUGCAGCAGCAGCAAAUGGCUAUGGCGGCAGCGGCGGCCCCCCAGGGGGGGGCGGGGGCACCGCAGCAUACCGCCAAUCAAGCAAGAAGUAGGAGGAAGAGAAGCACCCCGCAACCCCUCCCCAAACCUCGCCAGGCGGAAACGUUGCCCCCCGCCACGCCGAGGCGCGAAUGAUCCGCAAGGAAGGAACUUUGUUGUUUUUGGGUUUUUUUUAACACCCCAGCCACACAAAAUGGAAAAGGGUCCUUGUAGCUGAAUAUUUCCACGAAGACCCCCCACUCAAGAAGGUUUCUCCUCCAUGGGUUUGGGGGCGUGUCCCAAGAGAAUUCCUCACCGCACAUGUACCCGCAGAACAAACGGAUCCCUGGGGGCCGCCGUCUACCUCUCGAACCGCUUUUGUACGCCGGCGCUGGAUUUGGAGCCGUGAGUGUUGACACAUUUCUGGACACUUAAGAAAUACUUUUUAAAUAAUGACUUUUGUCAGCAUUUUAUUGU